AACAGUACUGUCUCAUCCCACUCCUAGCCCCUCCCCUGGUUGCUCUUCGUCUUUGGUGCGUGGUGGAGCUGGAGUUCGGUGUGCUUCUGGGGUCGACCGCACGGGAUUUCUUGAGGAAUUCCGCUAGUCUCAGAAUGCUCUUUGGCUUGCCCAUGAGGGCACUGAACCCGGAUUGGGAGCUGCGGCCCAGCAUAUGUUUGUAUUUCUUGAGCCUCGGACAUGCCUGUAAGAUAUGUUCUCUUGUUUGGGACUCAAGUUCGCAGGCACACUCUUUCUCCCGUGUGUACUGCAACUCAUGCAAAGUAGCUCCAAAAGCGUGAGAACAUGGGCACUUACUGACCCUCACUAUGCUAGUGAUUACGGGUUAGUCAGGAGUGCGCGGGUGCAUUGCUCAGCACGGCGCUUCACACCCAGCAAAACCUUGAUGCUACUCAGAUAUGACUGGUACGCAUUCGGACGACGUGAUGACGUUAGGCUGCUAAGGCAGAAUAUAAUGGCUUGGUGUAAAUGGUACUUUGUACAUGUUUCGAGGUUGAUUUCCAACAAAUCUGGCGCCACGUUUCGCGACACAGGACUAUCGAGGGAAGAUUUAACACCUUGAGCAAAGCGUUGAAGCGCCGAGAAGUGACUCAACCCAGGGAUACGGACCUCUACGAUGC